UAAUAACAAAACUGGGCAUCCGCAGGACUCUUCUUAGCGAAGCAAAAGCGAAGAAGAGAGCCGAGAAAGAGAGAGGCAGAGGGGAGAGAUCGCUCUUCUCCCUCGCGUAUAUCCAUCUCCGUCGGAUACAGCAAUCCGUCAAUCGCCGAUCUCUGUGAAAUGCAUUGCUGAAAUAGUUCAGUAAUUCACUUUUACCUUCAAUACCCCUCUCUUCCAAUUUUUUUUCUCAAUCGGACGAUUCUACCCCUCCGUUUUCUUUAAUUUACUAUGUCGCCCACCCCCGAUUCGCCUUCAAAUAACAGCUCCCCUCGUCUGUCAGCAUUAUCAAGCGGCGACGGAAUUUACAGCCCUCGAUCACGCCGGACCGCCCGAAAUCUUCCAUCUGCUUGGGCCCACGUCGUCCGUGGUAGCGAGCCUGAAGCAGGCCCCACCGCCGCGCCGCCAUCACCCUCUGCGAUCCCCUCGCCGGAGCUCAUGGCCGAUUCCGAUCGCUCCCCUUCGAAGUCCUCGGAUAACGCUGCUGUGGCGGAGGCGGGGCCGCCUGAGACCUCUGACAGCUGUAACAACAACGGCGAUACCAAUGUCGGGCAGGCGAAGAGGCCCGCUUGGAACAAGCUUUCCAACGGGGUUGUUGAGGCGGCCACUGUUAUGGGGGCGUCGUGGCCCGCUCUCUCCGAAUCCGCUCGGGCGUCUCCUAGAUCGUCAUCGGAUUCUCUGAAGGCUCUCUCAGAUGGAUCGGUCUCCCCAUCACAGGCGCCGUUGAUUGCAUCUUCUCCACAGAAGCAAACUACUAAUAAUCCAAACCAUAAUUCAACUCCAAACCAUACAGUCCCGGUCCGCCAGAAAUCGAUGAAGCGGAUCAGCGGGCCCACCAACAAUGGUGGGCCUGCGGCACCAUCUGAAAUUCCUCACAAUGCUUCUGAUAAGACACCGGCACCGGCAGUGGUUCCGGAUUCUUCUAGAGACUUUGCUCACAAGACGAAUAAUUGGGAGGGUGGACCAAGGCCCCAUGUUGGUAACGAUCACCCUCGUGCCCGGAGAGGCAUUGGAGGUGGGCCCCAUCCUCGUGGCGAUGGCUUCUAUAAUAACAACCAUGGGAAUCGGCGGGAUCCGGAACGUCCGAAUUAUGAUUGGAAUCCGAACCGAAGUUUUAACGGUAGAGAUCCCCACAUGCAACAGCACCCGAGAGUUGCGGCGAGGAAUUUUAUCAGACCGCCACCUCUUUCUACUACGUUUAUUCCUCCCCCACCAGUUCGGCCUCUUGGGAAUCCUGUCAGCUUCCACGAGAUGCCUUCACCAGGGUAUUAUACAGCUCCGCAUCCAGAUGCUUUUAGAGGGAUGCCGUUUGUUGCUCAUGUACCCACUCCUGCAAUGUAUUUUACUGCCCCAGAUCCUCAGUUGCGGACAACGUUAAUGAAGCAGAUAGAUUAUUAUUUCAGUUCUGAGAAUUUAUGCAAGGACAUUUACUUGCGGAGGAAUAUGGAUGAACAGGGCUGGGUUACUAUCUCUUUAAUUGCAAACUUCAAUCGGGUUAAGCAAUUAACGAACGACGUGCAGUUUAUAUUGGAUGCAAUGCGAUCAUCGUCCGUUGUGGAAGUUAUGGGUGAGAAAAUAAGGAAGCGUGGUGAUUGGAUGCAGUGGCCACUGCCCCCAGUGACACCUAACGCCAAUGCGUUGGCAGCUCGGAUGCAGAAUGUUGGAUUAGAGGGGGCUGCCAGCCACAACAGUAUGAGGGGUUCUUCGCCAGACGCACCUACUGAUGGUGUCCUAAGCAGAUCAUCAUCUGGGGACUCAGGCAGUCCAUUGCAAGCUGCUGUGCCUGGUGGGACCUCUAAUGGGGAGGGGAUAACCCAAGCCUCUGUCCGAGUGGGUUGAAUCCUUCCAUGUCUGUGAGAGCUCUAGUCAAGAGCUAUCACACAUUUUGAUACUAGGGAGGGUUGGGUUCUAUUAUGAUGGUUAACGGGCUUUUUGGACCUCAGUUCAAGGAAAACAAAAAGAAAAAAAGAAAAGAAAAAAAAUGGUCUUUUCCUUGGAGCAUAGCAAGAGCGGCAAUGUCUAAUUGCCAUGAGGAAGAUGAACAAAAAAAUUCUUAAAACUAAAAUUAAAAAAAGCAAAAAAGAACAAAAAACAUUUAAAAAAAAAAAGUUGGUUUGAAUGAGCUAUUAUGAGGUUGUUGGGUUAUGUAUAGUUAGGUUUGAUGUCAAUGGACGGUACUCAUUCUGUUACCAUGAGUUUUAGGGAAGCAAAAUUUUGGGGUGAUUUUCCACGCCAUCCAUGGUUUUAUUGUUGGUCACAAGGGGCUCCUUCUUUGGGAGGGAAGCUGUGAUGGAUGGAUAUGAUACUUCCCUAGCCUCUUUUUAUUUUUAUUUUUAUUUUUUUAUUUAACACAUAUAUAUAUGGCAUAAGAUGAGAUUACAUUAUAUGCCUUUUAUUCAAGAUUCAUUUGAGAUUUUUAUUGCAUAAAAUGUCCUCAUGAGAGGGUUGAAUAUUUCUA